CGAAAUCGCUACUCAUUAUCAAUCAAUCGAUGGCGGCCAAGAGAUUCGGUGGAGCCGGUAAACCUAACGGCGGAGAUUCAAACAUCUUGGCGAAGAUCUCCAAUUCCGAGAUCGUCUCUCAAGGGAGACGCGUCGCUGGAGAUGCUGUAGGAGUGUCGACGAAACUGCUGUGGAGCACGGGGAAAGCCGCGUGGAUCGCUGGUACAACUUUUCUGAUCCUCGUCGUUCCGUUGAUCAUCGAGAUGGAUCGUGAAGCGCAGCUCAACGAAAUUGAUCUUCAGCAGGCUAGCCUUCUCGGAGCUCCUCCGCAAAGGGGAUUCUAGAAAAAGUCCUAUGAACGAUGUUAACGGUUUUUCCUCUGUUUUAUUUUUAUCGGUUUUUCUGUUAUGGUUCGACCGGAUUCGAAUAUUCUCGUAAGGUUCAAAGCUUUGUUUUGAUUAUCAUCUUCGGAAGCUAAAACAUAUGAUAUUUAGGCGAUGAAGUUUAAGUUUUUAUGUUAUCUGGCAUGUUCUAUGUGUCUUAAGUUUGUGGAUGGUUUUGAUGUUUUAUGUGUCGUGGAGAUUUGAGUUUUAGACAAAUAAUGGGCAAGUUGGUUUAUGAUCUUGUUUGGUUUUGAUUCGUUGAGGGUUUAAGGUGAAAG